AUGAACAAUAACCACGCUCACAUUUUAAUCUCUGUGUAUUUGGGAGACAAUUCACAUCAGCAAGAAAAUAAAUCUCGCCCUUUUGUGGCCAUCGCUGAAGCGCUAGCAGCGGAAAUUAAGUUCAAUCCCUUUGUGACUUCUGACCGAAGCAAGAACCGGAAAAGGCAUUUCAACGCGCCUUCCCACCUUCGCAGGAAGAUUAUGUCUUCCCCUCUUUCUAAAGAGCUGAGACAGAAGUACAAUGUCCGAUCCAUGCCCAUCCGGAAGGAUGAUGCAGUUCAGGUUGCACGAGGGCUCUACAAAGGGCAGCAAAUUGGCAAAGUAGUCCGGGUUUACAGGAAGAAGUAUGUCAUCUACAUUGAACGAGUGCAGCGGGAGAAGGCUGAUGGCACAGCUGUCCAUGUGGGCAUUCACCCCAGCAAGGUGGUUAUCGCCAGACUAAAACUGGACAAAGACCACAAAAAGAUCCUCGAACGUAAAGCCACAUCUCGCCAAGUAGGAAAGGAAAAGGGCAAAUAUAAGGAAGAAACAAUUGAGAAGAUGCAGGAAUGAAGUAAUCUUGUAUACAACUUUCAUUAAAAACUGUUAAAAGAAAAAAAACAGAA